UCAGUUGCGUUUUAUCGGUUCACUGAGGCAGACGGUUAGUGGCUUGGAAAACGAUCUCAUUUUAGCUGCGUAUUCGAUUGAAGCUCACACACCGGUGUCAGGAGCGACGUAAUAUCCAUACCGACUGAGGUUUUCUAUUCUAAUUACAACGCAACAAACAACUAAUCCGUAAAAAUGUCGCUCAGCACCAGUGCGAAUCUUGUGAAAUAUUUACUAUUUCUAUUUAACUUUUUGUUCGUGAUAACCGGUAUCACAAUAAUGGCCAUCGGACUAACGGUUCAGGGCGCAUAUCACCACUUUUCGGAGAUCCUCGAUCCCCAAUUUUUUAGCGUCCCCACGUUUCUGGUAGUCAUUGGAAGCCUUAUUUUCGUGAUUGCCUUCUUUGGAUGCUGUGGAGCGUACAAAGAGAACUACUGUAUGACACUUACUUUUUCAGUACUGCUCGUCCUAAUCUUUAUCCUGGAACUUGCGGCUGGUAUCAGCGGAUAUGUUCUGCGAAAUGAUACAUACAAUUUACUAUCAAAUUCAAUGAAAAACUCAAUGAAGAAAUACGGUGCUAACGAUUCCCAGGAAGUCACCAUAAUUUGGGAUAAAAUUCAAAUGAAUUACAACUGCUGUGGAGUGGAAAGUUCAAAGGAAUGGGCGGAAGUCAACCCGGCUUUGUUUAACAUUUCGUACCUUCCGAUGACUUGUUGUGAAGUACCUCCAGUUUCCAUCGGAAUCCAACGAUGCAUAGAUGAAGCCCAUCCGGACUUGCUGCGCUCAACGGGUUGUGCCAAAUCGUUCGGAAACUUUAUCAAGUCACAUGCCGUAAGCAUUGGAGCCGCCGGAAUCGCCAUAGCCGUGAUACAGUUUUUCGGAAUACUCUUUGCAUGUUAUCUGGCAAAGCAGAUAAAGCAGCAACAUUCAGGAUUCUAGUCAGAGUUUUUUUGGAGAGUAAAUGUUGAUUGAAUUCGUUUGAUUAACGUAACGUUAGAACAUUUGAACAACUAUUUAAUGUCAUAUUUAUACAUUACAAGGGUUUUUCAUGUUGCUUGUGUUUCUGACUGCAGAUUUGAGAGUGUUUUAAUUCAGAUAGCUAUAAUUGUUCUUAAAAUAAAAGUAACUACCAUUGAGCUAGUAAACAUAUUCC